AUGGCAAGUUUGGGAACCAUUAGAAGCAACAGACUCAGAGGAUGUCCCUUGCUAAGUGACAAAGAACUUCUACGGAAGGGGAGAGGUAGCUUUGAUUACAGAGUAGACAAUUCCGUGGGACUAGCGGUGAUAAAAUGGGCAGACACUAAAUGUGUGACUCUGGCGAGUUCGUACAUUUCGCACAGUCCAGUGUUUGAAGUUAGCCCAUUUAGUAAAGAACGAAAGAAAAAGGUAAACGUUCAGUGCCCUCAAAUAGUCAAACAGUACAACAUUCAUAUGGGAGGCGUAGACUUAUCUGAUAUGCUGGUUUCACUGUACAAGACUCCCUUCAAAUCAAAGCGAUGGUAUCUCGCUAUGUUUAGUCAGAUGAUUGCUAUAGCUGUCAAUAGUGCCUGGCUAUUGUAUCGGAGAGAUCUAGCCUCACAAGGCAAAAAAUAUAAUAAGCUCAAAGACUUCAGAAUAAACAUCGCAAAGUCUUUGAUUCAAUCUCGUAACGUACACAGAAAAAGAACCUCUGCUGCAGCAAACUUGCUCCCUCAAAACAAAAUAAAAGUUCCCGUCGCUCCACGGCCUACUGAAGAUGUCCGGUUUGACAUAGUUGGACACUUUGCAGUUUUCACUGAAAAAGGCCGCUGUAGGCUUUGCACAAAUGGACAAACAACAAUUUUAUGUCAAAAAUGUAAUUUGCGCUUAUGCAUCGUAUCAGGAGCUAAUCAGAGAAACUGCUUCACAAGUUACCAUUCCAAGUAA